UUCACCUAUAGAUGGCAGGGCUAAUUCAGUCUUACUCCAUUUCACUCCUCCAUCUAUUCAUCCCAUUGGCCACUGAACAUUAAAUCCAACGUUAAGCUUGGUGCUAUAUCCAAUCGCCUUUUAGACACUUUUUUUGUGGGUGGAAUAACUAUGGGUACACAGGUAGCUUUAAAAUUUCUGUUAUAUGUUGCUAUGAGCUUUCAAACUGACUGGAUUUUAGCCGUGAUUAUUCACACAAGUAGAAAAUUAGGAAGCUGCCUAAAAGUACUGUAUUAAUCUGAUGAUACUAUCCAGAUUAAUUUAGUUUGUAAAAGUAAAGUAUAAGAAGUUUUUAUACCUUCUUUUUUAUCAAUCCAGUAAUUAGUAUAAUUUUUAUAUUACUACUUUAUAGUAAAUUACUGUAAAGUGUAAAAUUUGUCGAAAGGUUAAUAGAUUGAUAAAAAAAAAUAUUUUUAGUAAAAUCGUUUGUUGUUUGAGAACCAUAAACUAAUGGUUCAGGAGUCCGGAAUGAAUAUGACAAAAGUUAAAGAAUCCUUGGAAACAAUGGAACAAGAACUUCAUCAAGAAGAAUUAGGUUCCAGGAAUGUUCGCCUUAGUUUCGGCAUGUCAUGUGUUGUCCAAAAGGAUUUAGUUCCAAUUUUAGUCCAUGAAAAAUAUGACAAAGAAAUUUUUAAAGUUGCUGUGAGGUUGUUGGUGAAUCUUACACUUCCUCUAGAAUGCUUAGUUCCUGUUGACAUUGCUUCCAAAACCUCCUCAGGAAAAAGUACCAUAAUUCAACUCCAUCACUGCCUUUUGGAAGGGAGAAAAGCUUUCCUUGAUGUGCGCUCCACUGCUGCAGUUAUCAAAAGCAUCAAAGAUACACUUCUUAUGGAAAAAGAAGGGUCAUCUCUUAAAGAAUCUGGGUCUUCAUUCGUGAAUAACUGUCUUCUGUUACUGAGAAAUAUUCUUCAUAUACCUGAUAAAAUUGACACUGUUAAAUAUGGUGUAGAUGAAAGUGUGUUUCUGGAAUGGCAGAGCAUUCAAAAUAAGCUUGUGUGGAAUUUAUUUGUUCAAGGACUGGAUGAAGCUCUGCUAUUGCUGGUAAACAACAAACACAAGGAGAAAUGGACUUUAGCCAUAGUACAACUGAUUGCUCUUCUAUAUAAGGAUCAGCACAUUUCCAAAAUUCAGCAACUCCUUACAUUGGUGUCAUCAGGAUCAGAGAGUUCAGGGGAGGAAACAGAAAGUGAUACUUCAAAGCAUUCCUCAGCCACUCUGAGCAGUGAAUCAUAUAAUAAAAAAUCCAUUCAUAGUCACAACAGUGACUCUGGUUUUAUUCAAACUUCUGAUGCUUGUUCCACUGAAAGCUGCACGUCAUCACCCACCAGUAAAAACAGUUUGUAUAAGUGGGAAUCUUGUAGUUUGUAUGAUGAAGAAACAAAUAAGUCAGUUGAGUGUUUUAAAAGUGAGCAACAAAACUCAAAAAAUGUUGUUGAUCACACAGAAAAGUCAUUGGUGGAAUGUGCAACUAUGUUGUUACCAACUUAUUCUUCAAAGGAAGAACAAAUUGAAAAUACAGACAGCUGUUCAUCUGGUUUUUCCAAUGGUCACUCAUCCUCUGAUGACACAAACAAGAAACAAGUACUACAGAGUAUUCAGGUAAACGAUCAUCGUCGAGAAGCACAUCCAAAGGCAACUGCUAAACACAGAAGUGUGCACUCUUCCCUAAAAGAAGCAGAGAGUGAUUCCAGUAAUGAGGAUGAAUCUGUUGUCAAAUCAAAGCAACGCAGUCACCCACCUGUUGGAAGAAAAGGAAAAAGUAACAAUCCAAGUUAUGGAGUAAAAUGCUCUCCUUCCGUGUGCUUUGAAGCUGCUCUCGCAGCAGCCGCGGCUAAAGGCAAAAGUUCUUUGAGGGAUUUAGUCUGGGACAAAAGAAAAGAUGUGCGUAUCCUGCACGAUAUAUCAACUCAUAGUCCUUCAGAUGAUGACAUCAGUAACCUUAUGAAGGACUUCACCAUAAGUUUUCUCCAUAGUGGAUUCAACAUUUUGAUAACAGACCUGAUGAAAGCACUGUUGAAACAGAAUGGACCUGUCUUAGAUAAAUCUCACUUUCUGUGGCUUCUUACCUACUUUCUUCGUCUAGCCACAACCCUAAGUCUUGGACUACAUCACAUCAGCUCUGUCUUGUCUGUGGAUGUCAUUGGUUAUUUGGCUUUUGAAGGUGUAUCAAUGUGUGAAGAAUUGCAGCUUCUCUAUAGAUCACAAAAAGUUGAGCUCAGGCCUCUGUUAAGACGCAUGCACCUGCUUGUUACUGCCUUACGGGAAUUGAUAGCAACAAUUGACAGUUACUGUCGUAAGCCUAUUCCUCGACGAGAGAAGAUAGUUUUUCAAAAAUUAAAAGGCCAACUUGUAAAGAUGAAUGACCUACGUCAGCUUUUGCUCCUUUUGAUUCGAAACUACAGUCCUUUUAUUCACACCAAGCAAUAUUUAGUUGAUGUGGUCACAACCAACCACACUCUUCUUGUACUGCUAGAACGAGCUGUUAGUGAUGAAGAAAUUCAAGCAGAUUUUGAUCUUCUCGGUCAUUUACAACAAUUUUCUACUGUUAAAGUAAUGGAACAGUAUGGAAGAGUGUUAGAAGAUUUCAGAACAAAUAGUGAAUAUGUUAAUGAUUGCGUCUUUACAAUGAUGCAUCACGUUGCUGGUGACUUGAACUCUCCUGAAUCACUUUUCCAUCCUGUAAUUCUGAAGUCCUUCUCACAAAUUAUAGAAGAAGAUUGGAACAUUUCUGAGUACCAAAAUGACUUGAUGACCUAUGUCAUGAACAAGUUUGUUCGAACUGCUCAGCAUACUCCACAAACACGUGUACAUUCUCUUUUUGGUCAUGGUUUGGAUACUAGAGAUCAAAGUAGUAGUGGAGAUGAAAGUGAUGAAAGCAGCAAAUCUUCUGACUGCAGCCAAAGCAAUGGUGGUAACUCUUUGUACUGGUAUUACUUACAAUUUGAAAAUGACCCAGACCCUAUAGGAAGUAUUGUGGAACAUUUUGCUGACAAGGAUAAGAAUUUUCCAUGCAACAGAGAACAGGUCUUGUGGCACUUGUACAGUAAACGUAUUGUGAGCCACAGUGUCUAUGAAGUCUUGAAAGAAAAAGAAAAAAAAUUUGGAGAUCAGCAUGAUAACCCAACAAAAAAUAUUGAUGUGUGGGUCAAGGAAAAAUUCAACUCUGAUGAUGGUUCUGGUACUGAUGAAAUUAAACAACAUGUAGCCAAGCUCUGUCAAGCAGGGUUGAAACAACACGUUUUAUGGUUGCAGAAUCUUCUACUAGAAUCAUGUUAUGUUAAAUUAGCUUUAUGGAGAAACAACACAUGUGAUAUUGAGCAUCCAGUCCCAUUAUACUCAACAUUGUUGAAACAGAGCAUUAUGAUAGUGGCCUACAGUGAAGCUCAGGAGGCUGCUCUUCACUCUGACUUAUUCACUCAACUAUUGCACAAACUAGGUUUUCAUCUUCCUGCUGAUGUGGGUCGUGCAUAUCCCAGAAUACCUUGCUUUUGGACAGCUGAUGUCUUAUUCACUGUAGCCACCAGACUUGGACCCGUAGAUCCUGCUCAUGGUUGGAUCUAGAUGAACAGAAUAAGAAGGAAGACUGUGUUCCUGAAAUCAUCAAUCCUACACAAACACAUUGACCCAACUAUCCAUGAACAUCUAGAAUUGUGCCAACAUGAACAUCAAAAUGGUUCAACAUGUAAAUGAUGUCAUCAAACUCGUGUAUGGAGCAUCCAAAACAAAAAGAGGUUACAUCAGUGAUAACGAGCAGCUUGUAUCAGCAGUAAACAAGUUGCCUAAAGAAAAAAAAGGGUUGGGUUUUUAAACAUAUAACAAUAAAUUUAGUACAUGAUAUAACUUUUGUUUUUGCAUAUAUUUAGUAAUAAAGAAAGAAAAAUGGCUUAUCUUCCUAAACUUGAAAAUAUCCCAAUAUGUUCUCUUCUCGAUAUAAAUAUAUUCUUUAAGAAACAAAGCUGCAUGAGUUCUAUUAGAAAUUAAGUAUUAGCAUUCUGUUGCUUGACCUUUGAAAAUAAUUGAAUCUGGUAGUACUGAAUGUCCUGAAAGAGUUUAUCUAUUAUGCAUUUUAUUUCUGGUCCAAAAAGGGCUUUCAUUUUUAAAACUUAUCAUUUUUGGUAGAAUGUAGAAAUGUGUGGAAAAUAUUUGUAUUUUGUUGAGUUUUUUUUCUAGCAUUGCAACCAAAUUUUUUGUUAUUUGUCAUGAUUAUUUAAGCAGUGUCCUCAGAAAUUGCAUAAACUCUAUACAUGAUAAAUUAUUGAUGAUGUAUUUUCAGAGAGAGAAAAAUAUUAGAGAUAUAUGGGCUAUUGACAUCAAUUGUAUUUUUACAAGUGUUUAUCACACUUUAUCAGAUUAAUUCUGUCUUGUUAUAUCUACAAAAUAUCUUGUAUCAUUUAUUUGUCUUUCUGAAUUCUGUGCAUUUAAGUUUAACUUAUUAAGUGCAUUGAUUGGAUUUAAAUGAAAUUUGAAUAUAGUAAAGCAUCUUUGUUAAAUUCAUUAAAAAGUUGUGAUGACAGCUGUUUUGAAAAACUUGAGACUUUAUAGUAUUGAUAAUCCAACUUACGUUAUUGUUCAUUGAAUGUUUAUUUGUCUAAAUUAAUACAUUAAUGGUUAUGUUUUGGAGUGAAGUCAUAUUUAUCAACUGCAAACUCAUUCUUGAACUACAAAAAGUUGAUAUUCUUCCAGGACUUUGCUUUUAAUUUCUGUUCUAGUCCGUCAUGUUUAUCAAAAUACAUUUAUAUGUAUUAUGUCUAACAUCAAUAAGAAUUUACUUUGAAUAUAUAAAUAACUACAAAUUUUACAUUUAUAUACUUUGUUGAGUUAUUUAAUCAUUCCCUGUGUGUGUGAACAAAACAUGUUGCUCUGAAGUAAGAGGUGUUCCCUGGGUCAGUGAUAAAUUUAUGGACUUGCAUCUCAAGAACCUGGGGUUCAAUUCCUUGUAGUGGAAAGAGUGAAAAAAACUAAUUGUGUGUCUCUGCACUAAGAAAACAACAGCUGAAGAAAGAAUAUCAUAGAAGAAGGUUUAACUAAUAAAUUUCUAAAACACUGGGAAUUGAUCCAUAUAGGUAAAAUUUCUUACCUUAUUUUGUGAUUAAUUUUUUUCAGUUCCUAAGAUUUGUUUUUAUGCAGCUGUUAUAAGCCAUGUAGGACUCAGAAGGCAACUAUGUUGUUCUACUGGGUAUUUAUGGUUGGUCAUAUACAGUUAAGUAAGAAUGAAUGAGAUAGUGCAAACAUAUGUAAAGUUUAACAACAUGUUCACGGACCAAAGUUGAUAACUUUGAACAGUAGACUGUAAGAUAUACCAAGGCUCUUUCUGCCUUCUGAUAUUAAGGAUCGUUGUAAUUAUCAUAACUGUGUAAGGUUUCAUUCAUUUUGUAUUAAUGUGUUUUAUGAAUAGAAAAGUAGGUCUAGUUUUGUCAGUUUUUACCUUCUUUUUGUUAAAUGAACUGUCAAUGUUUAUCAUCACUGUGCUUCAGUAUUAAUGUGAAAUGACCAAAAUUGUUCUUUGGUAAUAUAUUAUGUAAAGAAAAAGUAUAUAUUGUGUGUGAAAUUGUAUGUUUGUUGUUGGAGGUAUUAUAUUUUUUAUGGACCAAAAUGAAAGAUCAAAUCUUACAAUUGAACGAUGAAGCAAACCAUCACUUAUAAAGUACAAAAAGGUCUGGUCUAUUCAGUAUUUUAAUCACAGUUUGGCCUUUUUUACCAACAUUAAACAUAGGAAUGUUAUCUGUUAUGUAUAUUAUCUACACAAACUGCUGAAUCACUUCAUCACACUAUUUUACCAACGUUUAUGAUUAUAUUUGAAGUGAAUAAAUGGCAGUAUUUUUUUAGAAAAUUCAUCGUUAAAGUUUUGAGAUUUUUAUAUAGUGAACUAUUCAUUAUUUUCAUGACUCAUGUGACACCUGAAAAGUUCGUUUUAGGGGAAGUUGCAGGUCACAUCCUGCAUUCUCUUUCUGUUAUAUUAUUAUUAGCACCAUUGAAAUAUAUUGAAGUAAUAAUCCACAAAUAUUGGAUUUAUUUGUAUUAUGAACUGUGUACAAAUAAUUUAUUGAGGAGUUUUUCAAGAAGUUAUAAUGACUAUAAUUUGUUUUUGUGUAACUUUGAUUUGAUAGAUUUUUAGAUUAUAUAUUUUAAUGUCCCAUGUUUUUGUAUGUUUAAAAUUUGAGCAAGUGUUAUUGUACUAUUUGUCAGAAGAAUUUACAUUGUACAUUAUUGUAUGUGGAAAUAAAAACAUUCAUAUAUCUGGAUC